AAGCGAUUUGGGACAAUAAUGUUUUUGACGCGAAGCGAAUAUGACCGUGGCGUCAAUACGUUUUCGCCGGAAGGACGACUGUUCCAAGUGGAAUAUGCCAUCGAAGCUGUCAAGCUGGGCUCAACGAGUAUUGGUAUUCGCACAACAGAAGGAGUGGUUCUGGCAGCUGAAAAACGGGCCACCUCGAAGCUGAUGGUCAACGAUGGCACCGAAAAGAUCUCGAAGGUCGAUUCGCAUGUUGGCAAGUUGUUAUUGGUGUUGUUUGAUUCGGUUACAUUUGCCGGCCUAAUUGCUGAUUCGAGGACACUGGUGGAACGAGCGCAAUUGGAAGCGCAGAAUUUCUGGUUCACUUACAAUCAGAAAAUGCGUGUCGAGGAUGUGACAAUGUCUGUUGCAAAUUUAGCACUACAGUUUGGUGAUGAUGAUGCCAAGGCAUCGAUGUCGCGGCCAUUCGGCGUUGCCAUGCUCUUUGCCGGAAUCGAUCAGGAUGGACCGCGACUGUAUGUAUUUCACUUGGAUCCAUCGGGUACCUUUAUUGAUUGCCUGGCAAAAGCGAUUGGAGCUGCUUCUGAUGGCGCCGAACAAACUUUGAAAGAGCAGUACCACGAGGUUACUCGUUUAAUUCCUAUUUCUUCACGUCAGUUUUGUAUAUUUAUGUGCACAAAUGAAUGUAUGUGUGUGUAUGUGUGUAUAUAUAUGUAUGUAUGUAUGUAUGUAUGUAUAUUUCACUUGGAUCCAUCGGGUACCUUUAUUGACUGCCUGGCAAAAGCGAUUGGAGCUGCUUCUGAUGGCGCCGAACAAACUUUGAAAGAGCAGAAGAAUGUGGGUCGCUUUUCAUUGCAGUCAAUGACAUUGGCUGAGGCGGAGAAGAGCGCUUUGUUUAUUCUGAAGCAAGUUAUGGAGGAGAAGCUCACUAAUUCGAAUGUGGAAGUGGUGGCUGUUAAACCAACCAAGGAUAGCAAAGGUCAUUUGACUGGAACUUUUGAGCGGUUAACGAAGGAGCAACUGGACGCAAUUAUUGCCGUGUUGUGA